CUCCGUGUCUCCAAUCUUUCUCAGCGUGCAAUUGAACUAGGAAACCUGGCGGAAACAACGUGUUACCCGAUUGCCACGUCAUCAGCUUGCGCCGGAAGUCUGUGCAUUGCUGAGUCGGUGCUAGUGUUCGCUUGAAUACCCGGCGCAGCCAUGGCGUCCAAGGGUAAGGUUGGAACAAAAGGAAAGAAGCAGAUUUAUGAAGAAAAUAAGGAGACAUUAAGUUUCUACUUGCGCAUCAUCCUUGGGGCUACAGUGUUAUGUGGAACUAUUAAUCUGGGAAUGUUUUACAGCUCUUCAAAUUUCUGGACUUGGGCAACACUGGUGUUCAGUGGAAUAGUGUAUGCUGGAGCUUAUCGGUCUAUGCGAAGCAUGGCCCGGGCAUCUUUUUCAGAAGAUGGAAGCCUUCUAGAUGGAGGAAUUGACCUAAACAUGGAGCAAGGAAUGGCAGAACAUCUCAAGGAUAUUGUGUUGCUGACAGCAAUUGUACAGGUCCUUAGCUGUUUUUCCCUGUACUUCUGGUACUUCUGGAUUUUGGCUCCUGGUCGUGCACUGUAUCUGCUCUGGAUUAAUGUUCUUGGUCCUUGGUUCACUGCUGAUAAUUCUUCUACAGUUCCAGAAGAACAAAAUGAAAAACGGCAACGCCGUCAAGAACGAAGGCAAAUGAAGAGAUUCUGAUAACUUUUUAAUAUCAUUGGAGCUGAAAAGUCUUACGAUAACAGACUGUGGGCAGUUUGUGCACUAAGAAAAUGGAGACAGGGGCCAUAUAUAAAAACAUAUAUAAAAAAUAUAACAGAUUUGUUAGUAAAGCUGCUGUUCCAUAAUUUUCAAUCUGCAAAAGCCAGUAUCAUAAAACUUGGGUGUACAGAUCUGGCUGGAGAAUACGUUAAUGGAGUUCUUUCAGGAACUGUUGGCACGCAUGCUCGCUCCUCAUUUUAAGACUGUACUGAAAGCCAUAAAACCCACAUUUAAUAUUA